CAAACCUUAUUUACGACGUUUCUCAUUGUCUAUGCUAUAGAUACGCAUCCCGAGCGAUAUAUAUUGUUGUAGCAUUUACCGACAAAUGUGUAGUAAAAAUGAAGGAAAACGCUGUACUUAAGUGGCAAAAAGUGUACAAUCCUAGUGGCCCCCAACCACGACCCCGACAUGGACAUCGCGCGGUCGCCAUAAAAGAUUUGAUGAUAGUUUUCGGCGGCGGAAACGAAGGGAUCGUUCACGAGCUUCAUGUCUUCAAUACCACUACGAAUCAAUGGUUCGUACCCGUCACCAAGGGAGAAGUUCCUCCAGGAUGUGCUGCAUACGGCUUCGUUGUCGACGGAACGCGUCUGCUAGUUUUUGGCGGCAUGGUAGAGUACGGCAAGUAUUCUAAUGACCUAUAUGAACUACAAGCUUCCAGAUGGGAGUGGAAACAUUUGAAACCUCUACCUCCUAAGCAGGGACUUCCGCCCUGUCCCAGGCUGGGUCAUAGCUUCACACUGCUCAACGGUAAAGUAUACUUGUUUGGUGGCUUAGCCAACAAGAGUGAUGAUCCAAAGAAUAAUAUUCCAAGUUAUCUUAACGACCUUUAUACUCUCGAAUUGUAUCCGAAUUCUUCUAUGACAGUAUGGGACAUACCACUAACAUAUGGUCAGUCGCCUCCUCCCCGCGAAUCCCACAGUGGAGUGGCCUACACUGACAAGAACACUGGCAAAUCAUCAUUAAUAAUUUAUGGAGGCAUGAGUGGAUCUCGCCUUGGUGACUUAUGGGUACUAGACAUAGAAAGCAUGUCAUGGACCAAACCUGAACUUGGAGGACCACCUCCUCUUCCUCGCUCUCUCCAUACCGCUACUGUCAUUGGUCAACAUAUGUAUGUGUAUGGGGGGUGGGUACCUCUUGUACCUGAUGAGUCAAAAUUGGCUACCCAUGAGAAGGAGUGGAAAUGUACUAAUUCACUGGCUUCACUCAACCUGGAAUCUAUGACAUGGGAUAAUAUUGCUCUAGACAAAUUUGAAGAAUCAGUGCCCAGGGCAAGGGCGGGUCACAGUGCAGUGUCCAUACAAACCCGACUUUACAUUUGGUCUGGUCGAGAUGGAUACAGAAAAACAUGGAAUAAUCAGAUAUGUUGCAAGGAUCUGUGGUAUCUAGAAGUUGGUGUACCCCCUCAGGCAGGUAAAGUUGCUCUUGUGAGAGCAGGAACAACAUCAUUGGAGCUGUGCUGGCCAGCUAUGAAUACAAUUACAACUUAUUUAUUACAAGUACAGAAGUGUGGCAAAGUAACACCAGCUCGCUUCCCUGCAGCAGCAGAACCAGUAGCGGCAGCACCACCUGCUUCACCAGUUGCAUCACAGCCAGAUGCUGCUAAAGCUUUUGGUCUAAGUUUACCAGCUACUGUUGGACUACCACCAACUCCAGAGAUCCGACCUAUGACUGCCAUUUCAUCACCAGUUGUUGCGGCUGCUUCACACCAAAAAGUAAUUUCAGGAACCAUUAAAGUUCCUGCUCAAUCAGCAACCGUUAAAGUUACUCCAGGUACACCAACAAUCAAACAAUCCUAUCCUGGCAAAACUAUUGUAAAGACACCUACUGCUGGAUCAUCACAACAAAUUAAAGUGGCAGCUGUGACACCGCAGGGUGUUACAAGAAUUGUCAGUGGUGUUGGCACACCUAGCUCAGUCCGAGUUUCAACCCCACAGUCAAAUGCACAGAUUGUUAUUGGUUCAGGAGCAGGUGGCACUGGCACACCACGCUUCGUACAAGUGAAAAGUGGUGGUGGAAUGCCUGUCAAGCUGGGAGCUGGAAACAUGCCUGUCAAACUGGCUGGUAAUGCUGUACCAUUGAAGAUUGGCGCAGCAAACAUCCAGGGCAAGAUAGCUAAUAAUGUGCAAAAAGUUACAAAUACGAAUGUUCCAUUGAAACUGAGUGCUGGUAAUGUUAAAAUUGGUGCUGGCAAUGUAUUGGUUAAGAGUGCAGGAGGUGUCUCAAAUAUUCAAACUAAAGUGGCUGGUGGUGUUCCAGUAAAGCUUGGAGCUGGGAACUUGCCAGUUAUUGGCAGCACAGGAGGAACAAUACAGAUAGCAAGUGGUGCACUUUCUGGACAUCAAGUGAAGGCACCUGUGUACAAAAUUGUGACGGGAAAACCAGAUGGUACAGUAGUGACAUCAUCUGCGGCUGGCACUGCAACCACAACUGGUGCAACUGUUUUACGACAAGCCAGCGGAAAUGCAGGCAUCCCGGUUAUUAUUAAGAAGACACCUGGUGCUACAGCUCAGGGAGGCUCUGCACCUCAGUAUGUUACAUUAGUUAAGACAUCAACAGGUAUGACUGUGGCAACAGUUCCGAAGAUGGCAAUGAUGCAGAACAGAGCAGUGUCAGCUGCGAGUGUCUCACAAGCGCAAGGACUUGCACCAGGAGCUACUAUUGUAAAGUUAGUGUCGGCCAAUACAAUGGGUGGAAACAAGAUAAUAACACUGCCCUCAAAUAUGCUACAGCUAGGUAAGGCGGGAGUCGGUAACAAGCAGACCAUAGUGAUCACAAAAGCACAAGCUCAGAGUUCUCAGCCAGGUCAACAGUGAGCCAUGUAGUUGUCAACUAGCAUGUGAUGAAAGCCUCCUGAGUGAGUCAAACAGUGUUGUGCUCCACACCCUCAAGGUGAAAGAUUGUUGAUGGAAAGUCUGUUUGUAUCUCUAGUAUCAUAGGUAUAUUUUAACAGAAGAAACACUAGUGAUUUUGAUUCUAUGUGUUAUAGUGCAGUAAUAUAAACUAUAAAUCAUAUGAAUUUUGUAUGUUAUAAAGGUCUAGACAUUGUCCUUGCAAAGUUUUUACUGAAAUAUUUUAUUUACAUUUAAUGUUAUUUUUUUUAUAAAUUAUCUAUAUUGUGAUGAGUAAUAAUUAUGAUCUGGCAAACUCUUAUGUUAUAUCUGGCUUAGAAACAGCUGACUUGUUUUAACCCAUUUAUAGCGCUGACAUGAUUGCUUAGUCACAUGGCACACCAAUAAGUUAACUUAAUAUAAACAUUAUUCGAUGUUGGAUGAAAAUGUACAUUACACACAUGAUUAUUUCUAAAUUCUUAUUUAUUGUUGGUGUCUGCCAAAGCAUGAAUGGUUUUAUAAUUGGCUACAUCAUCACAUUAUUUCACACUUUAAUUUUGACAAGUUCAAUGUUUGUUGGAGACGAGUGUUGUUGGUUUGUUUUGGGUCUUUGGUGAGUCUCAUGUUAAAUGUGGGGGCUCAAUUUAAACUGGGCACUCCAUUCAUCUGAAUGCAAUGUUUUUCUCUCUGAUGUAUCAAAAGUUUUGAUGACUAUAAAUGAGUGGGUGCACCUACACCCAUUCUCAUGUUAAUGUUGAUUAUGAUAUAAAUAUUAAGAAUAUAUUGUGUCAGAGGACAUAGGUUUUAAAUUAUUUUAUAUAAAUAGCAUAAUAUUCUACUAUAGGUUUGAUUUACUUCAUUAAUAGCCAAACAUGUAACAAUUGAUAGUCAACUAAUUAGUUUGACAGAUUAGGUUGGUUCACCCAAUAUUGCGAGUGCACAUCUAAAUCAUUUGUUAUCAAUAUAAACAUUUAAAGAGUCUAGUACUCCUGUGGGGUUCCAUAUUAAUAUUAAUGUAUAAUUAUUUUGAUUCCUGUGUAAAAUAAGCAAUUGACAUAAUAUAUUUUGAAGAAUGCAGAAUGUACUUUCAUGUUGACAAAAUCUUACGUGAGCUAGAUGACUAUGGGUCAUAUGAAUUGGAUUUUUUAUUUUUCUAUUAGAACAAGAUGAGAGUAUAAUGUGCAUAGACUAGAAUAAGUAUUUAGAUGUAUACAGUAAGGUGUAGCAGAUAGAUUAACUGAAGUGAGUGAGGAACUUAACUAAUGUAAAUAUCAUUAAGUAGAUAAUGUUAUACUUUGUUCAUAUUAUUAUGUUCAUUUGCUUGAAUAAACGAUUUGGAUUAAA